AUGGAAACUUCAAAUUUAAAUGUUAUACCAAAUGUACAACAACAUUCAGGUCAAUUACAUUCGAAUUCUCAAACUCGAACUACAGCACAGGAACAGCAUCCAGUAUCGUCCAAGAAAAAUAGAAAACGAAGAAAAAAAUGUCAUGGCAAUCGGAAAUUACAAAGAUUUAGAAAGAAAUGUCGUAAACGUGGUCUUACAAAAGAAGAAACACAAAGAUUAAUUAAUGAAUAUGCACAUAAUAAUCAAGAUCAAAAUAAAAGUAAUCAUCAACAAAAAAAAGUAAAUGGUUCACACAUUGAAAACAUGGAAAUAAGCACCAAUUUAAAUGAUACUAUCAAUGAAAUUGAAACGAACCAAACAAAAUCAAAAAAACGUAAACAUCAAAUGUCACAAUCAUCAAGUCAACGAUCAACUUCACAUGAAUUAGUAAAAAGAAUAAAACGACAUAAAUCAUCACAAAUUACCACGGCACCUUUAAAACCAAAUUUAAAAUUGCCAAUCUACUUAAAAGUUCAUCAAAAUCUUCUUUUUCGAACAUUACGUCUUCUAUUGAAGCAUAAAUUAAAUAGAAAAUGUGAACGUCAAUUUCUUCAUCGUCGACUUCAAUUAUUAAAUCAACAGUGUCAUAUGGAACUUCGUCAAAAUUUAUGGCAAUCAUAUCUUACGUUAGGAUCUGAAAAGGAGGUGUGGCCAAAUGUAGUAGUGAAAAUGGCAAAAACAGAUGAACACUUAGUCUGUCAACAAUUUGUACAGAAACAUCUCAAUGAAAUGAAAAUAAAAUAUGAUCAAUUUACCAAUGAAUUAAGUUUACAAAUUCAAUCGUGUCCAAGAACAUUAAUGGAAUUACAAUCCACUCUUGAUCAGCAUCUUAAAGAAUUUGUUCAAAUACAGCAAAAAUAUAUAGCCAUAAAAAUGCAAUUUCAACUGAAACGAUAUGAAGAUAUGAUUACCGAAAUUGAAUUAUUACAAACUUUGUCAAGUUUUCCUCUUUCAAGUGAUCAACAAAACAGUAUCGACCAACUUGUACAUUUACAAGAAAAACAAGUACAAUUCUACGAAGAUCUUCUUAAAUUAGAAGCUCGAGUAUCCAUUGACUUUUUACCACAAAGUUUUGAUGAAUUAGAGGACUUUGUUACAUUUGAUGAUUAUUUUCCUGUAGUUAAAAAUACUGUAGCGAUUGAAUUUAAACAUAAUAACUACAAAAUUAUACAAGAAGCCAAACGGAUAUGGUUAAAGACAUAUGGUGAUGCCUACGAAAGUGAAAUAGAAAAAUUCAAACAUCAAUAUGAAGACGAAUUACAUCAAUUUCAAUUAGUGAAUUCACGUCAUAGUGGUUUCUAUAGUGCAACAACAACUAUAAUGAAUUCUUUUCUUGAUUACAUGAAUCGUCGAACAAAUCGAUUAAAAGAAGAAAUUGUUUAUGAAAAAGUUCCUUUUUAUCGAAAACAUUUAUUACGUGUUCAGCAACGUUUCAAAUCAACUAAGAAAAUGGUCACUGUAAAGCCGACUGUCAUUGUCGACCUCUUGUGUCAUCCAUUUACAACAUCUCAACUUGCAUAUCUUUCCAGAGGACCUUCUUAUAUACGACCAAAUCCAAGUGUAUUUUUUCCAGAAAAAACAUCUAAAAAACGUAUUGACCGAGAACUCAAAGAUACAAUGAAAAAACUUAAGCAAUGUAUGUCUGAUGAUCAUGAUCGAUCAAAAAUACCACUCAACUCACCCUUAUAUAAAUCCUACACUGAUCAACUUCAAGCGUGUUUAAAUCAAGCUUAUAUGACUCCUAUACCAUUGAUCGAUCAAAUACGUUCUCUACGUGAAUUAAAGAUGGUUCAAUCCAUUCGAAAAAAAUUAAAAAAAUUUAAACUUAUAUUACGUGAAACAGAUAAAAGUGGUGUACUUCAUAUUGGUUCUGCUGCUGAUUAUGAAAGAAAAGCACUUGAAUAUCGACGAACAACGGGUGCUUACCAAUUAUUAACGUCGAAUCCAUUCAAUGAUAUCAUCUGUACGGUAACACGUUUAUUGAAUCGAUUACAAUCCUCGAAACGAAUACUUGAACGACAUCGAGUGAAAAUGAUGCCUAAUCGGAAGAAAACCGAAUUAGCUUAUAUGUAUUUUAUUCCUAAACCACAUAAGAAACGUACACCACUUCGACCAAUAUUGAAUACAAUACACGCUGCAACCAAACCAAUUUCUCAAUUCUUAGAUCGUCUAAUUCGACCUUUAUUUGAUCGAUUUGUACGCCAAACAACUAUUGUUGAUGGUGCUGAUCUACUUGAUCGAUUUCAACAUUAUACUGAAAAAGGUUAUUUAAAAUCAUCGACUCUUUUUAUUACAUUCGAUAUUAACAAUCUUUAUACUAUGUUACCACAAGAAGAAUCUUUAAAUAUACUUGCUGAAUUUCUUCGUCUACAUAACUGUGAAAAAGUGAAUGGUCUUUCCAUUGAUACAAUUAUCGAAUUAGCUCGUGUGGUGCUUCAAGCAAAUGCUUUUGUUUAUAACAAAAAAUUUUAUCGGCAAAUUAUUGGUGGUGCUAUGGGUUCGGCAUUUACUUUAACCUUAGCAAAUAUAUUCAUGUGGAAAUGGGAAAGACAAACUAUUUUACCAAAGCUAGCUUCACAUGAAGUAUAUGGCCGAUAUAUUGAUGAUGUUUUCUUCACAUCUAAUGAAUCGGAAGACAAGGUGAAACAAAUACUAGAUGCAGCGAAUAAUUUUCAUCCAAAUAUUAAAUUAGAAUAUAAGAUUGGUAAAAGUCUACCGUUUCUUGAUGUUCUUGUUCAAAACAACAAUGGUAUUUUGGUAUCAUCGCUCUAUCAUAAACCUUCGGCUCAACCAACUGUGGUAUCAUUUUUAUCAGAUCAUCCACGACAUGUCUUCCGAAAUGUCAUUCAAACGGCUCUCACUCGAGCUGUACGCUAUUCAUCAACAUUUGAAAUAUUUAAUAAUGAACGACGUGUCAUACGUUUAAUGUUCUUAUACAAUGGAUAUCCAUCCAAUUAUAUUAACCAACAAUUUGAAAAAUUCUUUGCUGACUAUUUAAGUUCAAUUUCUCCGCCAAUUUUACCUAUGAUUACGAACGAAAGUCAAUUUCUUCCGUUACGUCAAAAAUUAUCAAAUCAGCCAACAGCGAAGCAAACACAACUGGUCACAAGUGCAGCUACCGUACAACUUGCACAGCGUACGCAAAAUGAUAUACAACCAAAUCUCAACAAUAUGGAAGCAACCAUUCAACGAAAUUAUGACAAGUUCAAAAAGAACUUGUUUGUACAUAUUACACAUGAAGCUAGACUUAAAUGUUUAGCUCGUGAAAUACAUAUGAUACAUGAUAGUCACUUUAAAAACACUAAUAAGGCAGAAAUAAGAUUAGUUGUUGGUUUUCGGAAUAAUCCAAAUAUUGAAUUUGAACUUUCACGUAAACGACCAGCGUCAUCCUUAUUGAAGGAUCCAUUAGCAAAGAGUAAGAGAUAA